UUUUCAACCUUUUUACUUCAUGCUACGUGUAUACACUACACUAUGUCCAUCAAUGUCACGCGGUGGGGGGUUGUAGUGCGUUCUGCCGCCAAGCCUUAGUUGCAGACGUCGGGGUUAUGUAAGCAACCGCCUGCACUGAACUCGCUGGCGACAGUUGGUACGUUCGUUCCAUGGCUAACUUCAACUCCCUACCGCCAAGCGCCAAAUCACUGAUGCAGCGACGCAUUUGGGAAAUGAACAUCAGGCUUGACCCAAAACCCUAAUUCCGUCAUACGUAUAGUACUCGUGACGCUGUGGUGACGAGCAAGCAGCCUUGGACCCCACGCUAUCAUCUAGUUCUCCAGAAUGGCUCACGAAACAACGGAUUCAAAAGAGCAUCUCGAUCCCUGGUUUGACGAUGGAAACAUCGUCCUUAUAGCAGGAGGGAAAUCCUUCAAGGUUUACCGGGGAACGUUGUCGGUGCAUUCACCGAUCUUCAAAGACAUGUUUGAAUGUCCACAACCUGCCGAUCAAGAGGAAACGAUUGAAGGAUGCGCUGUCGUUCGCCUUCAGGAUUCCGCCAGUGACGUUCGACAUGUCCUCAGAGCGCUAUUUCAUGGCGAGUACAUUGCUUCCUCUCAGUCAAUGCCUAUGAGCGUUGCGACUGCUCUGCUCCGUCUGGGCAAGAAGUACGAAAUCAAACUUCUCUUCGACUGUGUGUCUAGCAGAGUGAAGGAAUGCUACCCUUCGGAAUUGCUUCCGAAUUCCGGCCCAGUACGCUUCGAAGGAACCCUAAUCACCGAACGUGACCCCCUGGACUUCCAGCUACUCAAUAUAAUUCGCGAAGUUGGAUUGCUCACAGUCCUUCCCAUGGCACUCUACGCUUGUGCCUUCUCGACAGAAAUUGAGAAGCUUCUGGACGGAGCGUGUAUGAUUGCCAGAGAUAGGCGCCCAGAGCUCGCCAAACGUGUAUUCACAAGCUCAAGCCACAGGAUCUUUCCGAGAUCGGACGACUACUGCUUCUUGGAGAAUACCACCUGUCUGCUAUGCCGCUCACGGUGUUCCGCAACGUCCCCUUCCACCGAUCCCUUGGUUGCAUGGGAUCCUGAUUGGAAUCGUAGGUUCUGCAAAGCCUGCGUCGAAGACUUAAAGUCGCGGUACCAUAGGUACAGGAAGGAUGCAUUUCUCUACCUGCCAUGGAUGUUCGAUGUGGGACCAAACUGGGAUCAGGUCCGCAAAGAUGAGGCGAGUAUCUGAGCAUUGACCGGAAAGUGUUCUAUGUUUGGGAGCGGAAACCCUUACUCGA